AUUCUGAUAGGAUAAUAUGUAAAGUAUGUAAAACAUGUAACUUGGCUGGCUAAAUGAUUGUGUGAUGAGUUUUAUCCUGUUUUCGUCUGUACCUAGUCUGCCAGUCGUGUUCAAGCAGUGUGACACCAAGACUGUUGAUAUUGUUCACGCUUACCUCCAGAACAUUCUAGCUAAAUCAAACUCCUCCCUGGCAUCAUCUCAUAUCCAGGCUCUAAACCAAGAUGGUAUCUCAAUCUCACUCUACUACAGAAGCGUAAAGGAUGAGACCAGUACCUAUAUCGUGUGUUUUAUCUGUGAUGGUACAGCCCUCCUCUCUCCCUUUUACCAUGAGCUGGACAAGUACACUGAUACUUUGGUGGAACAUCUUGCUGACCCUGAAUCUUAUCUCCUACGAUGGCAGUUCAAUUGUAUUGAGUAUGUCUUAAGAGUGGUGGAUUACUUUAAAAAUGAUCUGUCUCCCCUGCUGUACAUAGCUUUGUCGAGGAAUAAUAUCGAGAUUCUGGCCAGCAAUCCAAACAGUCAGAUCGUCAGGGACACUCAUCUGUUUAUUUCAUCCUGCAGUCUCAAGGAACUAAUGUACAACACAGAAGUGGUAUUUGAGCCGUGUACAAAUGCCGAGGAAAACACAGUAAUGAUAGAGUUUGAUAACAAAAUAGUGAACUACGAAUCUAACAAGUUCUGCUCAAAAUGGGCCUCAAUGAUCGAAUCAGAGUUUGAUGCGUAUGUAGUGCGGCAAAAGCUAGAAGACUAUAAGAUAGCAGCGAACGAGGAUCUGAACACAUUCCGCAGAUUGUUGCACCUAGCUGAGGCUGACCACUAUGCAUUCUUUCAGGGUUACGAGUUUAUAAAGCUGCACGAUAACGGGAAGAUACUAUUUGAGAUGCUAUCUCAUGAGAGUAUGGUGUACAGUCUAGAGAGUCUUGAGAACCUACUCAAUAUUCUUCAGAAGUUUAGACUCUAUAAGGACUCUGUUACGUUGAACAAAUCCUCUGUAUCCUCAUAGCAUCUUGUAACAUUAGAUUUCUUAGUCCAUUAUAAUAAUAUAUAGUUUUUAUCUGUUCAUAUAUAUCAGAUUGAUUAUCGUGUGAAUAUUAUGUUGCCCGAAUUAUGUGUACUGUGUAGUUCCGACUGUACAGCUAUGUAUUUUCCUGACUUAAAUUGCUGUGUUCUUGCUCUUAACUUACUAAUCCUGAUAUUUGUAUGAAAGCGAAUAGAUUUGAUAGGUUCUUUAUCUUUUUAAAUUAGAUUCAGGAAUCAAUUUCAUUCAAUUUUUCUCCUUGCGCCGAGAAAUCUAGUGGCGAAUAUUAUGACGUAAUAAUAUUAUGUUUUUAACGUUUUAAAAUAUUUUCAUGUACCAUUUUGACGUAUUAAAUAAACUUAUAUUUCGACAUAAUAUAUUAGUGAUAGUUGAUUUUCGUGAAACAAUUUUUGGGAUUUAAUUUUGUGUUACUAAUAGUACCUAUACAAUUUAUCUAUUUAAUAUCACA